UGGAAGUGCUUUCUUCUGCUUUCCCUUUGUCCAUUACCGCAAUUCCGUGGGGAUCAUUUCGGGUCCUGGGAUCAUUCCGGGUCCUGUACAGAAACAUGUCUCAACAAGUCUCAGUGUCUGAAUUCUCGCGUCUGAUAGAAGACAAUAAACAUUCCACACAUAUUUUAGGUGUUCACGGUUUUACUGGUUACGCUGUAAUUAUGAGAUAACUCGGGAAGGCGUUUACUACAUUUUGGGUUAAAUUUCCAGGUCGCUUUUGUUAUCCAAUCCCGGUCGCUGUUUACUACAAACCCCUGUCUCGUUCAUGUUCAGGCGGCAAAAAAUCCGCCGGUAAUGUUCCUUGGUCCUGUUUUUACCACUUCGCAGGAUCCAGGAACGCCUAAUCAAUUUUGGAUGUUCUAAAGUUCAUAACCGUGAGAGCCUGGAGACAAACAACAUCAAGAUGGCGGACCCUGUUCGUCGCCCAAAACAGGAAGACUCCGCGAAAAGGUCGUCACCUGGCGAAACCCCCGGCUCCCAAGACAAAAAUACGAUGGAUUCAGAUAAAACAGGACUUUCCUCUUCAACUGAAGAAAAUUCAACUCCUGAAUCGUCUCCUAGUCAGAAUAAUGAGCUCUGGAACUCUAUGUCGUAUUGGUAUUAUAUGCAGUCAUAUUACCAAUAUUAUUACAGUAUAUCUUAUUUUUACACGUAUUACUACUGGCAAAUGGUGUCUUCACAACAAAGUCAGACCGGAAAUCAAGGACCGCCGGGUUUCGCUGGAGGGAAUGGCCCGUUUCCGCCGCAAAAUACUGCAAAUAGAGGAUCUACUGCACCAUUUUUACGACCACAGAUACAACAACCAACCAGUUGUGAUGCUCGUGUUGCUUCGAUACAGAAAAGAGUUGUGGCUGAGCUGCUGGACUUUUUAUUCCUAUAUUUCACCAAAUUUUUAGUGUUUUCAAUAUUCUAUAAUAACAUGGAACGAUUCACCCAGCUUCAAUACUCUCUGAUCAUUGAUGAAAACACAAGUUUGAAAGAACUGGAGGAAAUUCUCAUCCAAGCGCUCACCUACAGGCUUAUGGUAUUCAUGUAUGAGACCUUGUUCAUCAUAGGCGGCCUAUUCGGCGGCCUUGGUGGUGCUACGCCUGGUAAAUACUUUAUGGGUCUCUCUGUGGUGUCUGCAGAUAGCGUUGACUUUCUGUCUGUCGACGCCCAGGGGCAUGAUAUCGUCAGGGCCAUGCCUGGAGGGAACCCUGGACUGUGGAGAUCAGGCAUAAGGGCCCUCGUCAAGAACUUCUCCAUGACUUUCCUGUUUCCCAUCUUUAUCACUGUGUUCUUCUUCCAAUACAACCGGACAAUUUAUGACAUCCUUGCGGGCACUGCCGUGGUCGAAAAUGCAUCUCGGCGUCAGCUGCGUCAGCACCAACAAUAAUCACUCUCGGCAGAAAAACUAUAUGUACAGCUUUCAAGAAACUCAUUAUUUUGUGUUUUAACUUUAGCAGCAUCAACAAUAAUCACUCCCGGCAAAAUAACUAUAUGUACAGCCUUCAGGAAACUCUUUUUUUUCUGUUUUAACUGUAGCAGCACCAACAAUAAUCACUCCCGGCAGAAUAACUACACGCACAGCCUUCAGGAAACUUGGCAUUUAGUAUUUUAACUCCAGUAACAUCAAUUAUCACUCGGCAGAAUAACUACAGCCUCCAGGACAUCAGUGUUCUGUGAACCUCUUUUUAAUUUAUUUUGCGCAUUAUUCUGUUUGUCUCUGUACCUUUAUGAAAUUAAAUGUAAAGAAAAAAAUAAUUAGUGUACAGCUCUUUUACAUCUAGUGAAAGAUUUAUAUACAUGUUUGGUCUUAGUUUUGAUAAAAGUUUACCAUUGCACACAACUGUGAACUUUUAAAGCUGCAUUAAAAUAAAUGUAAUGUAAAGCAAUUAAAAUAAAUGUAAUGUAAGUUUA